CUUCUACUCUGAACAUUUUCUUCUUUCACUCUUCAUCUCAAAUCCGCUAUCGAUAAACUUCAUCAUGGGUGCCGAUGGUGGAUCAAUCCCAGACAGACGAGAUCUGGUUAAGACAAAGGGCAAGACAGAGCAAGCGGAUAAGGAAUCACUCAAAGCGCUGUUCUUCCUCUGUGCUCUUAGCAAGAAACCCUUGAAAAAACCAGUGGUUAUAGAUCCUCUGGGAAAACUUUAUAACAAGGACGAUUUGAUCGAGUACUUCCUCGACAAGUCCAAGUAUGGCGAUGGUGAACAGAUUUGUGGACAUUUAAAGGGUGUGAAGGAUCUCACCACCCUUAACCUUACCCCGAACCCCGAUUUCACAUUCUCGUCCGCUUCCGCCACCGUUACCACUUCUCGCGCCCCGUUCAUCUGCCCUCUUUCUCUCCGUGAAAUGGCUGGUACUUUCCCAUUCAUUGCCCUCAAAUCAUGCGGCUGUGUAUUUUCAGAUGCUGCUUUGAGAGCUGUAGUGCCAAACCUCACAAAAGGCACUGGCGCGAAAGUCAUUCCGAAAGACGAUGUACCUGAAGAAGGGAAGCCAGUUGUCAAGGAGAAUACGACGGAAGUUGCAUGUCCCAACUGUGGAAAGACUUUCAACCCAACAAUAUCAGCGGCAAUCAUUCCUGUGAAUCCCCCAAAGGAAGUUCAGGAUGUUCUUCUGGAAGACCUUCUCACCUCCCGGGCAGCCGCGAAAUCAUCAAAGAAGAGGAAAGCAGACAAGAGUACAAAGGCCAACAACGACACCGGGUCUCCAGCAACGCUUGAACCUCCUCCAAAGUCGGCUCGAAUUUCUUCAUCGUCACCCGCGCCCCGAGCUACUCCUACCGUCAAUACACCGGCAUCCCUAGCCAGAUCUGUACAUGAGAAGCUGGCGGAGCAGGAGAAGAAGAGGUUACAGGCCCAGGAAAACAUGAGCGAGGCCGUUAAGGCAAUGUUCAAGCCAAAGACAAAUGAGAAGAAGUCUGGAGCUGAUGACUUCUUUGGGCGAACAUUCAAUAGAUAUGCAUAGAGAGGGUGGAUAUUAGGGCGGGUAUGUAUGACAGAUUGUUGUAGAUUCUUGCAUUACCACAUUGUGUUGUAUAUUCUGGCUACAAAAACAACAAGGCUAUGCGGCUUAAUUGUGGGCAACGCACGGGCCUCCAGCCUUCGCCAAUUGGUUCAACUUAAGUCUAUCCUUCAAAUCCG